UAAUGGUUAAUUCUCCACCAGGGAGGCUAGGAUCAAGCACAAAGCAAUCUGGAAAUAUUUUAGUGAAUGGUCGUAAGCAAACUCUAUCCUUCGGAACAUCAGCUUAUGUCACUCAAAAUGAUAUCCUAAUGACAACAUUGACAGUUAAAGAAGCUGUAUACUACUCUGCGGAACUCCAACUCCCUAAUUCUAUGUCAAAGUCCGAGAAAAAAGAAAGAGCAGAGGUAACUAUAAAGGAAAUGGGAUUGCAAGAUGCAGUGAACACAAGUAUUGGAGGGGUACAUUCAAAAGGAAUCAGUGGUGGCCAAAGGAGAAGAGUUAGCAUUUGCAUUGAAAUCUUGACUCGUCCGAAGCUUCUAUUUUUGGAUGAGCCAACUAGUGGCCUAGAUAGCGCUGCAUCAUUUCAUGUAAUGAAUAGGAUUGCCAACUUAGCGAAGUUUGAUGAUAUGAACACUAUUGCAUCAAUUCAUCAGCCUAGCAGUGAAGUUUUUGAGCUGUUUGAUAACUUGUGCCUUUUAUCUUCCGGCAAAACUGUUUAUUUUGGACCUAGAACUAUGGCCAAUGAGUUCUUUGAAGUGAACGGUACAAGAUCAUACAGAUUGUCAAAUACUUGGCAAGAAGUAACACUGCAAGUAGCUCAGAUCAUCAAAACUGAAGGAGACCUUGUAAAAAAAGGGAAUCAAGCUAGUUUCAUUUCUCAAUGUACCAUCCUCACAAAGAGAUCAUUUGUCAAUAUGUACAGAGAUCUUGGCUACUACUGGCUGCGCCUUGCAAUUUAUGCUGCGUUGUGUCUGAGCAUUGGUACAAUGUUCCAUAACAUUGGACAUGAUUAUGGCUCAAUUCAGGCCAGAGGAUCGGCUCUCAUGUUUGUAGCUGGAUUCUUGACUUUUAUGGGAAUUAGCGGAUUUCCUUCAUUUGUGGAAGAGAUGAAGAUAUUUCGCCAAGAAAGACUAAAUGGGCACUACGGAGUAACUGCAUUCGUCAUCAGCAGCACACUCUCUUCCGCUCCUUACCUCUUCCUUGUCUCUGUAGUCCCUGCAUCCUUGGCCUACUAUCUUAUCGGUCUCCAACCAGGCUUUGAUCACUUUGCCUACUUCUGUCUAAUUCUAUACAUGUGCAUGUUAUUAGUCGAGGGUCUAAUGAUGGUCAUCGCGAGUAUCGUGCCUAAUUAUCUCAUGGGGAUAAUCGCUGGCUCAGGUGUCCAGGGUCUUAUGCUGCUUUGUGGAGGAUUUUUCAGGCUACGUAAUGAUAUACCAAAGCCUAUAUGGAGAUAUCCAAUGUACUAUAUGUCAUUUCAUAAGUAUGCAAAUCAAGGGUAUUAUAAGAACGAGUUUAUUGGGCUAAGUUUUGAAAAGAAAGAGGGUGAAGACGUGCAUAAUAUUGUAACUGGGGAAGAAAUUCUCAGGGAUCUUUGGGAGAUGGAGGUUGGUUACUCUAAGUGGGUUGAUCUUGGGAUUUUGAUGGGGAUGGUGAUUUUGUACAGGGUGUUGUUUUUGGUUAUUGUGAAGGUAAGUGAGAAGAUGAAGCCCGCUUUGAGGGAUGUAAAAUUUGAUUGUGUAAAAUAA